UGUGUGUGUGUGUUCAUCAGUCCAGCCUCCUGCCUCUCAGCUCACUGCUCGCUAUCAGCGUUUAAAUUCUUCUUUUCUGCAGUUUAAUGAGAUCUGGAUGCGUGUGGAAGGAUUUGAAGACGAUGUUUCGGCGUGUCGGAGCUUUCUGAACGGUCUUUAAACGCACCGUCACUCCUGCAGCUGCUGGACGGAGAAUUAAACACCUGCAGCAGGUGUGUUGCUGCUGAUGCCAACAGGAUGUCCUGCUCCUGCUGCUGCUGUGUGGCGCCCGGCGGGGAGCUGCUGCAGGGUACGAACAGGAAGAAACGGCUGCUGGUGAGAGAGGAGGAAGAGGAGGAGGAGGAAGAGGAGGACAGGAGGAACAUGGACAUCUCUGCUCUGACAGCUCAGUACAGGAGCAGCAGAGAGCGACAGAAGCAGCACACUCAGGUUCUGCUGUUCAAGCAAGUCUCGGAAGACUUGUCGGAGGCCGUCAACAUCAUCUCCGUGACUCAGGGUUUGUCGUCAUGGGAACCAAAAAGCAGCCCGUCACCACUGGGUUCGACCCCUGACCCCUGGCACGUCCACCUGAGCCUCCACCGCCGCUCCUGCCCCACCAUCAGCAUCUCACUUCCUACUUCCUCCUCAGAGACAACAAACAGCCGGCGUGGGUCUUCUUCCUCUGAGGAGUCCAGAUGCAGGAAACUCUCUCUGGGUUUAACAUCAGAUUCACACCGCAGCUCGGUCAGCAGCACCUGCACAGAGGACGACGAUGAUGAUGAUGAUGAUGAUGAUGUCUUUGAGGCUGAUGGGACUGGGAUGGAUCCAGUCCAGGCUCCUGGUUCUCCUGAAGCCUCUGAGCAGAAUCCCAGAGGAGAAGAUCCUCCAGACGGCCUCGUCUGCGGCUCCUUCAGUGACUCUCCCGAAUACUCGGCCGUCAGCCCUGAUGGCAGCAGCAGCAGCAGCUCGAACCUGACGGAGAACCACUCUGCAACCUUACAGACCAGCAGCAGCGGCGCGGCCUGGAGCAGCUCCAGGAAGUCCUCGGGUCUGGGGCCGAGGUUCACCAGGCAGCUGAGCCUCGGGGGGGUCGGCUCCUCCGCGAACCAGAACUACUACCCCUUCCCUAACAGGAAGGCCCCGAGGAUCUCUGAGGCAGCCAAGAAGCUCGGCAUGUACUCGUCAUUCUGA